AUGCUUCAAACUAAUAACUAUAAGAUAUCCUACUUGUCGCAGUACAAGAACGAGUUACCUAAAUUUGCUCCUAUUGCUCCGAGCCCUGAGGACGGUUCAAAUAUGGAUUGUACAUUGACCAAGAAGUACACAUAUAAGAAUAACUACUCAGGAGCGCAGGCAGCCUCAAUCGCGAGGAGGAACGCUCGCGAGAGAAACCGCGUGAAGCAAGUAAACGAUGGAUUCAACGCUUUAAGAAAAAGAUUGCCUGCAGCGAUCGUUAAUGCGCUGUCCGGUGGAGCUCGCCGAGGCUCCGGCAAGAAGCUAAGUAAAGUAGACACUUUACGAAUGGUCGUCGAGUACAUAAGAUACCUGGAAAAUAUUAUAGAAGAUAGCGACGCGACUUUGGGUAUCAAUCAAGAAAGUCAAGUUGUGAUGGAGACGUCUCUACACAGUGAAGUCGAUGAAGGAAUUUUCGGCGGAAGAAACUCGCCGUACUCCGACUCAGUGCCCUCCCCCGCUAACUCCGAGUGCUCGUCGGGUGUGUCUACGAGUUGUUCUACAAACGACGAGUGCUAUCAAGGCACCCGCUAUACCGAUGUAGCGACUGUGGACGAUAAUGAGUUAUUAGAUGCGAUUACGUGGUGGCAGCAGAAGUAG